AUGAGGCCUGACGGAAUCAUUCAACGCGCGCUGGAAAUGGGCUACCGCAGUAUAUUCGAAAACUGCUGUUUCAAGACAGUUGUGUGCAACAGUGACCACGAGCUGCAUGCGUCUGUCAGUCCGAAAUGCUUAACUGUAGACCUGGGUGGUACCAUGCAGUACAACCACCUGGAAUGGAUGCAGGACCGGAUGGAAGUGGAGCGCUUCCGAUCAUGCGCACAGGGCAUCGCUAGGUGUAUGGAGGACUUCACUCAGUGCCUGAGGAACACCGAAUUACCGAACGAUGCCGAAACGACUCGAAGUAUCUUGGAAUCCCACAGAGUCGAACGCGAAGCAAUAAAAGUAAAUUAUUCGAAAUGUCAUUUCGUGCUCUUUGCAAUGAACCGGUUCCGGCCGUCCUCCAGUCGUCGUCACUCACUAGUUCUGUCAACAUAUGUCGUUUGA